AGAUGCAGUCCACCGCCGCCGCCGCCGCCUCAGCCAGCAAUGCAAGAUUAGAUCUCUAAAUGCAGCAAAACACUGCCUGAAAACAGAGCAGCCUGCGCAGCGAGCAGACAUUUCACGGUGCGCCGGAGAAGAUUCUGAAAUAAUCUGUGACUCUCGCGUCCCCACCAAUUUCAUCCCGGUAGACGGGUAACAAGUAAGGAUUUCACUUUCCGAUCUGCCUGGAGACACACCUCCCCUCUCCCUCCCCCGCCCGAUGGGAAGCCUGCUCCGUAGGCUGGCGGCGGCGGUGGAUUUGCGGCUCCCUAGCGGGAGACGGGGAAACCUCCGGAUUCUUCCGCUCGUUAUCAACCCUCCCAGGCGUGAUUUCCUCCUUCUCGCCGGCCUCCUCGCUCAAGUUUGAACCCCCCCCCGAAGUCCGAACGGCAGGGACAAAGCCCCGGGCUCGCCCCCAGCCGCAGGGAGCCGCCGCCUUGCUCCCAAGCCCCUGCAGCUAGCUUCGCUGCACCCGCUGCUCUCGCCCGGUGCGGAUGCUGUAGAUCAACAGGUUCGGGGGGAACUUGAGCGGAAUCCGGAGAGACUGCCCAGUGCCGCAGCCCGGGUGCGGAAGAACCGAACGACCCACAGACUUGGGACUCUCAGCUCCCGCGCUCGCCGAGGAGCCCGGAGCCCCAGCCUGGCGCGCACCCGCCAGCUCUGCCCUCCAGUCCGGCUGCUCCUGCCCCCACCCCGCCGGUCUGGGAUGUACCUAUCCAUCUGUUGCUGUUUCCUCCUCUGGGCCCCCGCCCUGACGCUCAAAAACCUCAACUACUCGGUCCCGGAGGAGCAAGGGGCCGGCACGGUCAUCGGUAACAUCGGCAAGGAUGCUCGCCUGCAGCCGGGGCUCCCACCGGCCGAGCGCGGCGGCGGCGGCGGCGGGCGCAGCAAGUCCGGCAGCUACCGGGUGUUGGAGAACUCGGCGCCGCACCUGCUGGACGUGGACGCGGACAGCGGACUCCUGUACACCAAGCAGCGGAUCGACCGCGAGUCCCUGUGCCGCCACAACGCCAAAUGCCAGCUGUCCCUGGAGGUGUUCGCCAACGACAAGGAGAUCUGCAUGAUCAAGGUAGAGGUCCAGGACAUCAACGACAACGCUCCCUCCUUCCCGUCCGACCAGAUCGAAAUGGACAUUUCCGAGAACGCGGCCCCCGGCACCCGCUUCCCGCUCACCAGCGCGCACGACCCCGAUGCGGGCGAAAACGGCCUCCGCACCUACCUGCUCACCCGCGACGACCACGGCCUCUUCGCCCUGGACGUCAAGUCCCGUGGCGACGGCACCAAGUUCCCGGAACUGGUCAUUCAGAAGGCGCUGGACCGAGAGCAGCAAAACCACCACACGUUGGUGCUGACCGCCCUGGACGGCGGCGAACCGCCGCGCUCGGCCACGGUGCAGAUCAACGUGAAGGUGAUCGACUCCAACGACAACAGCCCGGUCUUCGAGGCUCCCUCCUACCUGGUGGAGCUGCCCGAGAACGCUCCGCUGGGCACGGUGGUCAUCGACCUGAACGCCACCGACGCGGACGAGGGGCCCAACGGCGAGGUGCUCUACUCCUUCAGCAGCUACGUGCCCGACCGCGUCCGGGAACUCUUCUCCAUCGACCCCAAGACCGGCCUCAUCCGCGUCAAGGGCAACCUGGACUAUGAGGAGAACGGCAUGUUGGAGAUCGACGUGCAGGCCCGAGACCUGGGGCCCAACCCCAUCCCGGCCCACUGCAAAGUCACGGUCAAGCUCGUCGACCGCAACGACAACGCGCCGUCCAUCGGUUUCGUCUCCGUACGCCAGGGGGCGCUCAGCGAGGCCGCCCCGCCCGGCACGGUCAUCGCCCUGGUGCGGGUCACCGACCGGGACUCGGGCAAGAACGGGCAGCUGCAGUGUCGGGUCCUGGGGGGAGGAGGGCCGGGCGGCGGCGGCGGGGGCCUGGGCGGGCCCGGGGGCUCGGUCCCCUUCAAGCUGGAGGAGAACUAUGACAACUUCUACACGGUGGUGACGGACCGGCCGCUGGACCGGGAGACCCAGGACGAGUACAACGUGACGAUCGUGGCGCGGGACGGGGGCUCGCCUCCCCUCAACUCCACUAAGUCGUUCUCGGUCAAGAUCCUGGACGAGAACGACAACCCGCCGCGCUUCACCAAGGGGCUCUACGUGCUGCAGGUGCACGAGAACAACAUCCCCGGCGAGUACCUGGGCUCCGUGCUGGCCCAGGACCCCGACCUGGGUCAGAACGGAACCGUGUCCUAUUCCAUCCUGCCCUCACACAUCGGCGACGUGUCCAUCUACACCUACGUCUCCGUGAACCCCACCAACGGGGCCAUCUACGCCCUGCGCUCCUUUAACUACGAACAGACCAAGGCUUUCGAGUUCAAGGUGCUCGCCAAGGACUCGGGGGCGCCGGCGCACCUGGAGAGCAACGCCACGGUGAGGGUGACCGUGCUGGACGUGAACGACAACGCUCCGGUGAUCGUGCUGCCCACUCUGCAGAACGACACCGCCGAGCUGCAGGUGCCGCGCAACGCCGGCCUGGGCUACCUGGUGAGCACCGUGCGAGCCCUGGACAGCGACUUUGGCGAGAGCGGGCGCCUCACCUACGAGAUCGUGGACGGCAACGACGACCACCUGUUUGAGAUCGAUCCGUCGAGCGGCGAGAUCCGCACGCUGCACCCCUUCUGGGAAGACGUGACGCCCGUGGCGGAGCUGGUGGUGAAGGUGACGGAUCACGGCAAGCCCACCCUGUCGGCCGUGGCCAAGCUCAUCAUCCGCUCGGUGAGCGGCUCCCUGCCCGAGGGCGUGCCCCGGGUGAACGGCGAGCGGCACCCCUGGGACGUGUCGCUGCCGCUCAUCGUGACCCUGAGCACCAUCUCCAUCAUCCUCCUGGCGGCCAUGAUCACCAUCGCCGUCAAGUGCAAGCGCGAGAACAAGGAGAUCCGCACUUACAACUGCCGCAUCGCCGAGUACAGCCACCCGCAGCUGGGCGGGGGCAAGGGCAAGAAGAAGAAGAUUAACAAAAACGAUAUCAUGCUGGUGCAGAGCGAAGUGGAGGAGAGGAACGCCAUGAACGUCAUGAACGUGGUGAGCAGCCCCUCCCUGGCCACCUCCCCCAUGUACUUCGACUACCAGACCCGCCUGCCCCUCAGCUCGCCCCGGUCCGAGGUGAUGUACCUCAAACCGGCCUCCAACAACCUGACUGUCCCGCAGGGGCACGCAGGCUGCCACACCAGCUUCACCGGACAAGGGACUAAUGCGAGCGAGACCCCUGCCACUCGGAUGUCCAUAAUUCAGACAGACAAUUUUCCCGCAGAGCCCAAUUACAUGGGCAGCAGGCAGCAGUUUGUUCAAAGUAGCUCGACGUUUAAGGACCCAGAAAGAGCCAGCCUGAGAGACAGUGGGCACGGGGACAGUGAUCAGGCUGACAGUGACCAAGACACUAACAAAGGCUCCUGCUGUGACAUGUCUGUUAGGGAGGCGCUCAAGAUGAAAACUUCUUCAACUAAAAGCCAACCACUUGAACAAGAACCAGAAGAGUGUGUUAAUUGCACAGAUGAAUGCCGAGUGCUUGGUCAUUCUGACAGGUGUUGGAUGCCACAGUUCCCUGCAGCCAAUCAGGCUGAAAAUGCUGAUUACCGCACAAAUCUCUUUGUACCCACCGUGGAAGCUAAUGUUGAGACUGAGACUUACGAAACUGUGAAUCCCACUGGGAAAAAGACUUUUUGUACAUUUGGAAAAGACAAGCGAGAGCACACUAUUCUCAUUGCCAAUGUUAAACCUUAUUUAAAAGCCAAACGUGCCCUGAGCCCUCUCCUCCAAGAGGUCCCUUCAGCAUCAAGCAGCCCAACCAAGGCAUGCAUCGAGCCUUGCGCCUCGACAAAAGGCUCCUUGGAUGGUUGUGAAGCAAAAGCAGGAGCCCUCGCCGAAGCAAGCAGUCAAUAUUUACCCACUGACAGUCAGUACCUGUCUCCCAGUAAGCAACCGAGAGACCCUUCCUUCCUGGCUUCUGAGCAGAUGGCGAGGGUCUUGGCAGAUGUGCAUUCCCGAGCAAGCCGGGAUUCCUCGGAGAUGGGCACUGUUCUUGAGCAGCUGGACCAUCCCAACAGGGAUCUGGGCAGAGAGUCGGUGGAUGCAGAAGAAGUUGUGCGAGAAAUUGAUAAGCUUUUGCAGGACUGCCGGGGAAAUGACCCUGUGGCUGUGAGAAAGUGAGAAACAAAGAAGCAUUGGCAUUUUCUCGUGUCUUCUGCUGAUUUAUAAAUGAUCCCUCCUGGUGACAGCCCAUUUUACAGGGAAGAAGAAAAACCAAUGCUGCUUUAAGGCUUUUAGUGAACAUCUGAAGUGCCCACAAGUAUGUCCUUUUCACUGCUGUUUCUUUUUCAGAGGUAACAAUGGGUUUGUUUUGACCAAACUUAAAAUAGGACAGAACUAAUGAUGUUUAAAGAAAGAAGAGAGAGAGGAAAAGGAGAGAAGAACAAGGAAAGAAGACCAAGAAGGAGGAAGCAAGUCACCUUUUGACAAUCUGUAGGAAGGUGUGCAGUGUGAGAAUCAAAGUAUUUCUGAUCACUCUCAAGACUGUCCUCCGUGAUUUACGCUGACUUAACUGUUUACCUAUAAACCCCGUACAAUGCAGGGUCAGAAUUCGUGAUCUGUGGUGGAUUUUAGCAGUCAUCACAGGCUUCUACUGAGAGUCCCGAAGAGACCUUGCAGUAGUCCAAGCUACACCAAACAUUAACACAUUUGUGGUAAACAUUUCUGUAUAAAGUUACCUGCCACACAUAUAAACAUGAAGAACAUUUCAUGUCAUUAAACAAAAAUAAAAAUGAAAAACACACAAAAAAACCCUUGAUCAUUUGUAAGAUGCCUCAUUCCGUAUAAAAGUUAAAUGUAAAAAGAUAUAGUCCAUUUUGUCCUGCACACACGUAGACUAAUUCAUUUCAUUAAAAGAAAAAGAAGAAAAAAAUUUAAGAUUUAAAAUGCCUAUGUAGCGUUUUAGUGUCCAACAAAAAUAUGAAUCAUGAUAAGUGUGUUUUAAAUUUGACAUAGAAAAGCCCUGAAAAGUAGUUACCAUUGAGUGAUUUAGCGUGAUUAAUGCAUUUUAUUCAUUUGUGGACACUAAAAUAGCUCAGGAAAGUAAAAAUGUCUUAGACAUACACCAAUCACAUAACCAUUUAAAUGUGCAAAUGUAAGAAGAUUCAAUGUGUUUACAUCAAAUGACAUAUUUUUAUUGAUUUAUUGCAGAUUCCGUGCAUAUGAGCCAAAUUGUUGAGUGUAUAAGAGCUAUAUUGUGUAUUUUAUUAAAUUAAUAUAUAGUUGUGUUGCAAAAAAUAUUUGGGCUUAUAUUGUAAAUGGCAAGUGUUGCCUCGGUAGCUGUCGAACUCUAUGAGUUUUGUUUUUUCCUGCUUCCUUUUCCCCAUGGAGUGUGGGAAGCAGUGCCUCAGAGCAGAGUCUCUUGUUUAAUGUAUAGUCUACCAAGUACUACAGUACAUAAUCUGUUCAAAAUGUGUUUGAGUGAGCUGAUGAAGCUAAGGUAAAAAAAAAAAAAAUACAUCCAUUAGUCACAGUUAUGUGCAAGUCCUUGUACAAGCUUUUAUUAAAGUCAUGCUAAAUCACAAGAAUGACAUUUGUACCAAUUUCUGAAACUUCAUGUUUCUUCUAUUUUUUUUUUCAAUUUUGAUUAUAAUCUUUGCCUAUGUAGAUAUCAUACCAGGUUGGUUCUCAAAAGUAUCUUAAGUGGUUCAAAUGUGUGCUCUCAUUCUCUUUUCAAAUCAUGAAACUGCUUUAAUGCAUGUCUGGUACCAGCACUAGUUAUUUGCAUUGUAUGGUGUCUUUCAAGAGAUCUGGGUCUUAACAAAAUGUUUUUCUUUUAUCGCAGUGCUCCUCUGCUUUUUCUUAUGGGUGUCCUUUGAGAACAAUACACCUCCUAUUCUUCCAUUUGCUUGCACCUUUUCUUGUGACAUUUAGCACAUUUCAAACUUACUUCCAUAUGAGGCUAAGAAACCUCAAAUUUCAGGAAUUGGGAAAAAUUAAAUUAGCACUUGCAGAAGUAGCAGCAGAUGGGAAAAUGCCUUGAUUGACAUUUUCCUUCAGCGUUUAAAAGUUUUGGCAUUUUACAGCUUCAUGACAAACAGUUUUGAGCCCAUACCUUCGAAUAUGUGGUGCUGAGUUAAAUAAAGGCUGUUUGUGCACUGGAGCAGAAAAAUGCAUUAUUUGCAAACUGGUGGAGAAUUCUGUGCCUUCUUUUCUGGCCACCAAGCCAGUGUAGAAACAGCAUACAUGUUGUAAAAUCCUUAUAUUUAAAACAAAAGCAAAAGCAAAAACAAACACUGAAUCAAAUUAAGUUUUGUAAUUUUAAACCUCAAAAAAUUCUACUGAAAAUAUUUCUGUCCAAUGCUGUCAGGAUUUUAGACUGUACCUCGUUGGCAAAAUUGCUUUGAGAGGGAAGCGUGGACAACUCCCAUCAGCCUUAUUCUCUUGAGAACUAUAUUUGGUUCCUAGUUACAGCCUUUCCAAAGCUCUACUCUUGAUUUUUAUUAUUCGUAAAUGUUUGAAUUAGAAAAGAAGGGAUCUUGUACUUGUGAAACCUAACUGACUAUAUUUUGGACAAUUUAUGUAAUUGAAAUGUGUUGUCUCUGUUAUAUGAUGUUGCUUUUGCCAGGAGACUACAGGCUGAUUUGGCUUGAUAGUGGAAAUUUAAUGGAAAACUGAUUUCCAUUUAGUCUUACUGAAUGUUGCCUCUCUCUUACUAGCCAGACAACUACUCAGUAAAAUGUAGAAGUAUGUACAUCAAGUCCAGAAAGAGAGUGGAGUUUAUUUUUAAACAUGCUUAACUCUGAGUAACUAGUUGUUCGGUUUACUGUAUGUUUCUGAAGACAUUGAAACAGUACGAUUUGAUUCUAAGAUUUGGUUGUGCCAAGGUGUGAGAGAUUUCCUUGAGGCUCUCUGCCACCAGUGGUUUACUAGCCCUCGCUACUUAACCCGUCUUCUGUGUUUAGUAGUGAUUAUUUAUUUACAAGUUGGUGAUAAUUCAGCAGCCAGGACACUAAGCCUUUAUAGUUGAGGGAAUCUUGCUUUUAAUUCAUUUGGCUGGCAACUGCCUGUAUCACAGACCUCUGGUGCUUGGCUUUCAAGGAAGCCGAUGAGAUGCCAAAAUCACACCUUUUGGGAGCACUUCCUCUAACGGAUGACCCAUGAUCAAACUGAUAUUUGCAUGGGUUUCAGCAUAAUUUAGAAUAAGAAAUAAAAACCUUGAUUAAUAUCUUUCAAAUGCUAACUGCUCUGGAAAAAUAUUGCAUACAUUCAAAGGGAAUAAUUUCAUACUACUUUGUUAGGUCCUUCCAUAACUGAAGACAAGCACAGAAAAUGAGCUUUUUGCUGAUGAACUAAAAAUAAAAAUAAUUAACAAAACUUUUAAUUAAAUAUUAGUGAUAAAAAGUUUUAAAUCAAAGUUAAACGUAGUGAGAACCAGUGUUAGUUGUUACCGAUACCAAAGUAAACAUUAAAGAGACAUAUCAUGCAAUUUCAAUGAAUGCUUUCAUACUGUUUCUUAACCCGACAUCCUUAUCCUUAUUAUGGGCAGAAUACAAAAAUUUGUUAACUUCUUUAUAAAUUUAAUGAAUUCCUAGCUGGGAAAUUGACUUGUUUUCUUUAUCCAAAUUAGCUGAGAUCUUGUAAGACAUUACUUAAUUUAAAAAAAUGGCAUCCUAAAAACAAGUCAGGAAGGAAUGUAGAAAUAUGCUUUACUAGAACGGGGUUAAAAGCUGUUUGCUGUCUAAUGGAGUAGAAGUUGCUGAGGUCAAGAAAAAGAUUGAGGUCUGGCAUAAUAUAUGCCCACUCAUUAUUUUCUAAUUGUCUUCUUUUGACAACAGACAGCAUAAAUUCAAAUGAGAGUUUUGACUAUCAAGAUGUGUUGAUUAGGAACAUAAUUGAAUGAAACCUGAUUGCAGUCUGACUUUCCUGGCCCUAGUGUUUUUCAGGUUAGCUCCGUCCACGUAUCAUCCCCAUCACUCCAUAAGGUUCCUAGCUGCACCAAGUGAUUGGUGAACAAGGACAACAACAACAAAAGCAGCAUACAUUGUAUGGAUUUAUCUCAAUGCUAUUGUUUAAUGGCUGUGUUUAAUGUGACCUAUCUGGAAAAUGAGGACUCCGAAUAAAAAGCUAUUACUAA